CUCGUAUGCGACCAAACCCAAAACCUUUGACUUCCUUUCUACUCCUUUUUCUCUUCAACCACUUUCCCCCCACCUCACCUCACAUCACAUUCUUCACCUCUCGAUUUUCCGUGUUUGAGACAUUUCGUGAUACAUUUUUUCUUUUCUCUUUUCUCUUUUCUCUUUUCUCUUUUCUCUUUUCUCUUUUUUCUUACUAUUUUGGCAACUGUUAAAAGGUGAGACUUUAUCUUACAGUGAAUCUAUCUUUUCUUUCAGUUUUGCCUUUGGGUGUCUCAAACCAAUUCAAGGCAGUAUCCAAAAACAACUCCAUAGGCUACACUACCCUCAACCACCGUCACCAACAACUUCAAUAAUCAGACUAUCGUAACUCACAAGCUUUUGAUCUUUCGCCAAAAUGGCUGCUGGAGGAGUCAACAGUGGACUUGAUACCGAGGUUUCCUGCAAGAGCUGCAAUAUUACUUUUAAGGAAUGGAAUGCCUUCCACAAUCAUAAGGUGACUAGCAGAGAUCAUAUCUGUUGUGAUAUCUGCAGCACAGACUUCCAUACAGAUGAAGGUCUCAAGCGUCAUCGAACCUUGGCAAGUCAAUUUGAUUUAAUUUCAGUCAGGCCAUGAUUGACUAACGACUUGGGCAACCCCAGAUGCACCCAAAAGAACAAGACCUUUCAUGCCUGGGCUGUGGCAAACGAUUCAUUCGUUUAGGAUCUCUAAUUGCUCACCUGGAACUCGAUAGCUGUCGCCCAGUCAACGAAGAAAGAGGAAAUCUUGCGGCCCGUACGCGGCAGAAACAAGAAUUGCAUGCCAAAUUCAAGGCUGGUUUGAAGAACAUUGAUGAAAACGCUGGGCCAAGGACUGGUAUCAGCUUGUUGGAUUUUCAAGAUAUUCCUGCGAGCCCCAGGGAUAUGAAGCUGCCGCCGUCCACCUGGAAGCCGCUGCCACUUACUUUCGAGGAAAAAAUAUCUACAAACUUUGAAUUUGGAGGAUGGGAAACCACAAGUAAUUUUCUGUUUCAUUCUUUUAAGCUAAGCUUACAACGAUCUAGUCUUGGAAGAAGAUGGACCGACCAAUCAACUCAAUGACGUAGCCUCAAAUAGUGUACCUGAGCCCGUCAUGGAAUUGCAACCUGAGGAAGAUUUGAUCUUUCUGGGAGAAGUCGGCAAAGCAAUGAGUGUACCAUGGGGGACAUCUGCGAAGAAGAUAGCUAAACCAGACCCAAAGCCCACUGGAGAGGUCGAAUACGAGUAUGUCGAGGGCGGAUUCCCAAUAGCAAUUGCUCCUUCUAUGAAAGAAGACAACUUUCCGCCACUGCCAAGUGCAAGUAACUUUAAGGAUGCCGGCACGAAAGCUCCGAACUUCAUGGAUGCACCAUUUGAGGGCCCAAUUCUCACUUCCAUCUGGGAUACCAAGCACAUCAUUUCCAACGCCCGAAAAUCUAUUCCUCAACCACCCACGGAAGCUCCUCCAGUCACGGAUAUAGCCGCUCGUGCAGGUGGACUUCCACCUCUUCGCAUGCGCCCUCUUGUUAACCCUCUACCCGAGAAAGAAUAUGCACCAUAUGAUCCUAAAGACCCUUCAUUCCGAGCACAAAGAUAUUGGGUUACUUUCACUCGAAAAUACAAGUGCCCUCACCGGUUGUGCAAGUAAGUUGUGUUCAUUGCUCAAUUUCAACCUGUUUCUAACAAUUUUUAAAGGAAGAGCUUUGAUACUGAACCAGGCUUCAUCCAACAUUUACUUUCUGCCGCACAUGCCGGAAAUAAUAGACUUAUAUGUCCUAACUGCUAUGUAAGCACAAUACUCUUUCAUUGCAUGUCUCCUCAUCUAAAUCCUUAUCCACAUACGGUGUUGUUGCUUACAUGACUUGUCGACGCAAAUUCAAUCAUUAAGUGCCGAAGACUCCAUUCUGCCCCUUUCCCCCCACCCCCUGGCCGAAUUUAUUUCGCUAGCAAUUCGUCUAAAUGCCUGCAUUAUUUUCCAUGUUUGCUCCGAUAAUCAUUUCCAUGUUUUGCCAGAUGCUGUUCGCAAAGCUUUAAGUGGCACGAACUUUGUACAAGACUACUUUAGGCUGGCACUUACUAACUAUUUGAUAGAAAGGAUUCGGAACAUACACAGCCCUCACACAACAUUGCGAGUCUCAAGGAGUUCGUUGCAAAAUCCGGGACGCAGAUAACUACGGCAGGGUUGUGAACGAUAUCACUUCUAGUGUGGCGGAUGUAGAAGGUAGACAUGAAGAUGAAACCGUAAGAUACACCGUCAAGAAGGAGGGAUGGGGAGACGUGGCAAAAAGACAUCGAGAAGCAGAAGAGAAGAAUGCUAAAAACAAGAAUGACUAUUGGAAGAAGCAUGACGCGGAGUUUGAGUGGUAGAUGCUAGAUAGCAUGUAUGAUGGUAUUGCGGAAUCGUUUCUUACUGUAAAAGUUGAGAGGUGAGCUCGCUGGACGCAUUCUCACUUCGCUUCUCACGAAGCAAGGGGAAUGCUUAUCUUCGGAUCUGAACUUGGGCGUCGGGGUCCUGCUUUGGCUUUUCUUUGAUCCUCUCAGAUUACGUUGAUUUACAAUAAUAUCGAGAACGGUUUUAGCUAUCGGGAAUUAAAUAGCUUAUUACGCAAAUGAGUAGUU